CCAAUUUCAUUUCACUCAGACUUUCCUUCUCUUUUUUAAAACAAGAGUGCGGGUUUCUUAUUCGUAACACCCAGCCAAAGCCAGCAUUUGUUACACAAACGCAGAAACCAGAAGACCGAACAGAAAGAAUUCAAAAUUCUCAGUAUUUUUUUAAAGGCUUAAGAAAAUGGCAGAAGGUGAGGAUAUUCAGCCCCUCGUAUGCGACAAUGGUACUGGAAUGGUCAAGGCUGGCUUUGCUGGAGAUGAUGCUCCAAGGGCUGUAUUUCCUAGCAUUGUUGGUCGCCCUCGUCACACAGGUGUGAUGGUUGGUAUGGGCCAAAAAGAUGCCUAUGUUGGUGAUGAGGCUCAAUCAAAGAGAGGUAUUUUGACUUUGAAAUACCCAAUUGAACAUGGUAUUGUUAACAACUGGGAUGAUAUGGAGAAAAUUUGGCAUCAUACGUUUUACAAUGAACUUCGUGUGGCUCCUGAAGAGCAUCCAGUUCUCCUCACUGAAGCUCCUCUCAAUCCUAAGGCUAAUCGUGAGAAAAUGACUCAGAUUAUGUUCGAGACCUUUAAUACUCCUGCAAUGUAUGUUGCUAUCCAGGCUGUCCUUUCCCUUUAUGCCAGCGGUCGUACCACUGGUAUUGUUCUGGACUCUGGAGAUGGUGUGAGCCAUACAGUUCCCAUCUACGAGGGGUAUGCCCUCCCACAUGCCAUCCUGCGUCUUGAUCUGGCAGGCCGUGAUCUCACCGAUGCCCUCAUGAAAAUCUUGACUGAGCGUGGUUACUCUUUCACCACCACUGCAGAGCGGGAAAUUGUGAGAGACAUGAAGGAGAAACUAGCUUACAUUGCUCUUGACUUUGAACAAGAACUAGAGAUGGCAAAGACCAGCUCAGCUGUUGAGAAGAGCUAUGAACUGCCAGAUGGGCAGGUUAUUACCAUUGGAGCUGAGCGAUUCCGCUGUCCAGAAGUCCUCUUCCAACCAUCCAUGAUAGGGAUGGAAGCUGCUGGCAUUCAUGAAACCACUUAUAACUCUAUCAUGAAGUGCGACGUGGAUAUUAGGAAGGAUCUCUAUGGCAAUAUUGUGCUUAGUGGUGGCUCUACUAUGUUCCCAGGCAUUGCUGAUAGAAUGAGCAAGGAGAUUACAGCAUUAGCUCCCAGCAGCAUGAAGAUUAAGGUGGUGGCACCACCAGAAAGGAAGUACAGUGUCUGGAUAGGAGGCUCCAUUUUGGCUUCCCUCAGCACCUUCCAGCAGAUGUGGAUUGCAAAGGCUGAGUAUGAUGAAUCUGGGCCAUCAAUUGUCCACAGGAAGUGCUUCUAAUAAUGCUAAGCUAAAGGCUAAUGGGGAAACACAUACUACACAAUUUUUUGGUUGCAAAAGGCUUCUAAUCAAGUGGUUGCAAAAAUUUUCUUCUCUAUUUUAUUCUCAUCUUUUUGUUGUGUUUUUGCUCUGUUUAUGUCUGGAUCAAAUUUAAGAUUCAAUUUUUUUAUGAAAAAAAAAUUUGUCAUUUGAUUGUAGAAGAGUUGUUUAUUGAUUAAUUGAUUUGGUUUGGGUUAAUUUCAGCAGGGAUUCAUUGUUUCUUAAAGAGUUAUCCAAUUAAAUAAAACCAGUAAUUAUAUUCAUUUCA